AAUUUUGUAAGUAUGAUUUGAAGACCUACAUUGCAAGCGCGUGCGUAAGACAGUCACGUGUUCCCGGAAGCGGAGAGGGGAAUGUACAGCUGAGUCUGGAAAGUGCGUCAACAACACGGCCGAGGGUUUCUGCUUGUUGGAAAAUAUGGGGGCCAGCUGCUGAUUGAUUUAUAGACUUUUUCAGGAGGGACCAUCAGCAUCUAGUACCAUGGAAACAUCUAAUUUUGCUCAUGUCAUCUUCCAGAAUGUUGGGAAGAGCUAUCUCCCUCAUGCUGCAUUGGAGUGCCACUACACACUCACACAGUUCAUCACGCCCCAUCCCAAGGAUUGGGUUGGCAUUUUCAAGGUUGGCUGGAGCACGGCUCGUGACUAUUAUACCUUUCUGUGGUCUCCUCUACCAGAUGAGUACACAGAAGGCACUGCAGUCAACCGAUCAGUGAUCUUUCAAGGUUACUACGUGCCCAACGAUGACGGGGAAUUCUACCAGUUCUGCUAUGUCACUCAUAAAGGAGAGAUUCGUGGGGCCAGUACACCCUUCCAGUUCCGUGCUAACAGCCCCACUGAGGAAGAGCUACUCACUGUCGAGGAUGAGGGUGGAUCAGACAUUCUGGUUGUCACCACCAAAGCCAGCUAUCUAGAGCAAAAGAUGGAGGAGGUGCGUCUGGAAAAGGACGAGCUGCUGAAGAGCAUGGCGCUCCUGCAGAAAGAGCGAGAUGAAGUGCUGGAGGAGAAAGACAGGAUUCAGAAAGAGUAUGAGCAGGAGAGAGAGAGCAGUGUCCAGCUAAAGAAAGAAAUGCAGGAGCUACAGGUGUCCAUUCAGAGCCUACAGGAGGAGAAAGUGGAGGUAAAGAGGAGGAUGGAGGAGAACACAGCACGGCUGCUGCAGCUGGAAGAGGAUCUUAUUGGAGUCACCCAGAAAGGCUUGCAGAAGGAGACAGAAUUGGAUUGCCUGAAAGAUCGAGUGAAGAAGCUCAUGCUUGAGAGAGAAGCACUGGAGUCUCAGCUGAAGAAUGAGAAGGAUGAGAAAGAGCUCUAUAAGAUUCACCUGAAGAAUCGAGAGCUAGAGAACACUAAGUUAAGUGCUGAGCUGCAGAUGUUGAAAUCUGUGGAUGUGAAUAAGGAGAACACCAUUGCACAGCUAAAGGAGGAGCUGGCACGAGCCAAAGCCUGCCUGGCAGAGAAAGACAAGCAGCACCGCCAGCUACUGGCUAACAGUUUUCCCUCGGAGGAAAGCAAGGCACUGCGGGAGCAGCUGAGGCAAAAAGAGGAGCAGUUGCAGGCCACUCAGCAGCAGGCUUCAAUGCUAUCUGCAGAGCUGCGGGACUCAUCCAGCGCACGGGAUCGCAGCAUGGCUGAGCUCUACCGGGUCAAACUGGAGGUGGACACACUCAGACAGGGUCAAGCUGAGGCAUGGGCCGAAUGCAGCCGUCUGGGAAAACAGGUGGAGGAAAUGAAGGACUCUGUCAUGCAGGAGGCACAGCGUAAGGAGUCUGAGGAUUUGGCUGUGGCUGAGCUGCAGAGAGAAGUGGAAGACUUAAAGCUUAGGUUGCAGAUGGCUGCCGAACAUUAUAAGGAGAAAUACAAGGAAUGCCAGAAACUGCAGAAACAGGUGGUCAAACUAUCUGAACAGCAAGGGGUGAAGAGGAGUCCUGGUUUAGAUGCAGCGACUGGCCCCUUGUCUACCAGCCCUGAGGCCUCUGUGCCAGGAAGCCCAGGCUCAUCAGACAACGUGCUGGAAGCAAUUAUCCAGGGCAAGCUGAAGGGUGUCAGUAAGGAUGUGUUUGAUAAGAGUGACAAAUACAAGAAGUGCAAACAGAUGUUGUGUGAGGAGAAGGGGCGCAACAGCAUGCUGAUGGAUGAGCUGGCUAAACUUGAGCUGAAGUGGAAAGAACAGCUGAAGAUCAACGAGAACCUAAAGUUGCAGCUGGCCGCUGAGGAGGACCGCUACAAGGUCAGCGCCCCCUACUGUUACAUGAGCCAGGUAGCAGCCAAGGGUCGGGAACUGAAGGAGCUGAAGGACAGCCUUGUUGCUUUAUCCAAACAGAAGGAGAAACUGGAAGGGGAGCUGCAGAGAAGUGCGAGUCAUGAGGAAGAGGACGAUGACGAUGGAAAUUUGGAUGUAGCGCCAGUUUUUCUGCAGUACCCCCUGCCAUAUCAGCCAGAUGUCCCCUCUCCUCUACUGGUGGCCCAGCGUCCUUCAGAGCUGAUGUUUGGAAACCCAUACUUAUCUGAAAGCAGGGACAGCGCAGAUGGAGAGUUUUCAGAUGAUCAGAUGCCUAGGCUUCCUCCUGUUGGACCUCCAUCUUUGGACAGCAAUGUGGUGUGCAGCCAGCCUGCCCGCAACCUGAGCCGCCCUGAUGGCCUGGAGGAGCCCGAGGAGCAGCCUAAUACCCAAACCAAUACCCAGGCCACGGUCAGCGAGCCACCCACCAACUUCCUCAAUGAUGGACAAAUCCCGUUCUGCUUUGAAAGCAGUGAGGAGCUGCAGAAGCGCUGUCCGCUGUGUGAGGUCAUCUUCCCGCCGAACUACGACCAGUCGAAGUUCGAGGAGCAUGUGGAGAGCCACUGGAAGGUGUGUCCCAUGUGCAGCGAGCAGUUCCCCCUAGACUGCGAUCAGCAGCUGUUCGAGAAGCACGUGCUCACCCAUUUUGAUGGCAACAUACUCAACUUCGAUUAGAGAGAAAAUCCUCACAUUUAUAUUAAACUAAUUUUUUUCGCCUCAUAACCGCAGCCGUAUGUUACGCUGUGAGUAUUUGCUUCUAAGGCGAUCAGUUAAUUAGCUCAUGACUAUCUCUUUGCUAAGGAUUUCUUUUUAAGCUCACGUUGCCCGUGAGAAAGGAGGGGUACAGUAACACAUUCAAGUUUGGAUACUGAAAGUUUACUGAUUUUUGGGGAGCUAUUUAUUAGGAUGGGUUUCAUUGGAAAAGGCUGUAAAGACUAAACUCACUGUCACAAGCAUAAUCAUAUAGCCAGUGUCACAACUUAACGUGUGUAACUGCAAGCACUCUCCAGGCUUUAAGAAAUAUUGUCAGGUAUUACCUAUUUUUCCCUGUGCUAAUCUAGCACAGUUCUGUACUGUCAGGGCAAAAUACUAGUUUAUACACAUUAAGCUAAUCAUAUAAUCAUAAAAUAAUUAUUUUAGAAAAUGCUUUUAAAUAUCACACUUGAACAGGUCCUAAGAAACUAUUUUUUCCUCUAUUUAAAUCAACUGAUACUUCAACGAUUAUUGUAUUUUAGUUGCAUGCUUAUCCUGUCACUGCACUGAAGUCUGGUUUCAGUCUAAAAUAUUGUUUUAUUUUAUAAGGAAAAUCGAAGAGCUUCAUUUAAUAAAUUAUUCUACUCAGAAGGAUAAGAUACAAAAAUCAUUAAUCAAACCUGUCCACAGCAAAUGCAUUGCACUACUGAACAUCACCCAGUGCUAGACUUAAUCUGUCUCAGUUAACCAAGUUAAUGUGUAUUUCCUUUGGUUUAAGUUAACAAUGUAAUGUCUUUUUCUUGUAUCUGCGUCUUCUUACUCUGAUAUACGCCAAUAAAGUUUUGUUUGGAACAGUAA